CUCAUCAGUGGGUCCUCAUUUGACACACAAACACGAGCACCCAGCUGGAUGGACAGACGACACAUUUCUCAUGUCACAGACAGACACCACGACCAUCCAUCCCACAUCCACCCACUCAGACCAAAAAGCCUCUCACACGCGUACACACACACACGCAUUUCACCCCCACGUCAAUCAAUCGAUCACAAUGGCGUCGUCUUUGGCCUUCUUUUUCUUUUUCUUCCUUUUCUUCUUCUUGACCACUCCAUCCACCUGGCGGCCCUCAUCCCCCUCCCCUCCCUCCCCCUCUCCAUCGCUCUUGGCCCUGCCCUUCUCCUCCUCUCUGCUCGUAUGCACAUCCGUGCCCGCAGCAGCCGCUGCUGAUGCGGGCUCAGCUCGGUCCGUUCCCCUGUCCUUGUUUUUCUUCCUCCGUUUCUCCUCCACGUGGGGCUGGCUCUCGUCGUCCUGCCCGUCCCACCCAUUCAAAGCCGCCUCAGCCUCCUCGCCGCUCGGGGCCGCCUCGUCCCUUUUGCGCUUCUUCUUCCUCUUACCCUUGACACCCGCCCCAUCCACCACACCAUUGACCUCUCCACCUGCUGAGGAGGCAGCAGCUGCAGCGGCAGCAGCGCUCGACGCAGCGGCCGCUGCCGCUGCCGCCGGUUCCUCCUGCUGCUCGGGCUCCCUCCUCUUCUUGGCCCUCUUCUUGCUCGGUGGCUGGGCGGCUCCAUCAGAAGCUGCAGCAGCUGCAGCUGCUGCGGGCUCUGACUUGACUUGAUGCAGCAUCUCCUGCUCGUCGGGCGCCUUCCUUUUCUUUUUCUUUGCUCGCGCAGCCAUGUCAUCCGCAGGGGCAGGGGCGGAUGCAGAUGCCGACGCAGAUGAAGCGGCCGCAGCAGCUGCGGCAGCUGCUGGGGGCUGGCCCGCCAUGUCUGUUGUUUGCCGUUUCUUCUUCUUUUUGGGUUGGUGGGUCAUGUUGUCCAUGGGGUGGGGCGGCUGGCUGCGGGGAUUAGAGGGCUGGAACAGAGGGACGAGAGGCCGCAGGACGCCCUCAUCGUCGACUGGACCUGCAGAGGGAAAAAUCAAGAGGAGUGGAUGAGUGUGUAUCCGGGGGGGUGCAGGUGGUGGGUGCGCUGCUUGCUUGCCUGUAUCGUUUUGGUCUUUGAGCGAUCCAUCCAGGUUCAUCAGGCCACCAUCCCUUCCCUCACGCAAACUGACAGAUUGACAAGGGAUGCCAGUGGUGGAUGCGUGGAUGGGAGGAUGGUUGGUGGGCCCUCGUGUUGCCCACCUGACGACGCGGAACUGCACGUAGUCAUCGAUGCCGAUGGACGACUCGGCCGCCGACCUCUCGGCGUCCACCAGGUACCUGUCCAUGUCUGGAUCGUCGUCGACCAGGUCUCUCUCCCUCUUGAUUUCGCCCUUGACGCGUUCACGCUUGAAGUGCUCUUCAUCUUCCUUGGUCAGGUCGAUGUCACGGUCGACGGCAUUCUUCCAUCGCGUGAAGAGCGACUGCCCUUCAUCGGCCACGCACCACCACCGAUUCUGGUCGGCCGGCACACACACAAAAGACAGGAAGGCGGUCGAGUUGGUUGUGCGUGUGUGGGUGUGCGAUGCAUCUAUCCCGAUCAGACCUGUGCAUAUUUGAGGUACUUGGGCAGCCGCUGCCUCGACACGAAGGCGGGGAAGAGGCCGUGCACUGUGAUAGCUAUGUAGUGGCUGCCCACAUAAUGCACCCGACCAACUGAACAACACGGACCGAUUCACAUACGUUCGCCUUUGCCAGCAUCCGUGCUGCCCACGGAGAAGGUCUUCUGGCACAGGCUGCCAGACGAGGCACUUGAGCUGGACGUCCACCAGGGUGUACCCUGUGUUGUCGGCGCAGUUGGCCGUCGUGUAGCCGCACGACUCGAGAGCACGGGCCGAGUGGUGCGCCAUCCACACCCCACGGAACUCUGGCAGAUACCUGAGGGGACGACGCAUUCAUCCACAGCCACCAAUCCAAUCCAAUCAGCCAGCCAGCCAAUGAACCAAUGUGUUGAUGAUGCCUGUCCGCACCUGUGCAGUAGGUUCGAGAGGAAGUACUGAAUGCCGGUCAGCGGCUCGUUCAGAAAACGCGCCUCCAGCUGGACCGUGUUCCUUCAGCCACAGCACAGCACAGCAUCAACGCAAAACCCAUCCACACUGUCCAAUGCAGCUGCAGUGUUGCCUCAUCGGUCGCGUACUUUGCUUCGAUGACCACAAACGAGUCGACGUCCACUCCAUCGGCAUGGAAUUCGCUCGCCAUGUUGUGCAGCUGUGCCACGGGGCUAGAGUCGGUCCUGGCGAGUCUUGCGUCAAGGUGUGGGGCGAGCUCCCGCCUGGAGCGGAGGAUGAAGGGCACCACCUUGCUGCGCUUGAUGGGGCGGCAGGUCACCACUUCCCAAGGCCGCUCGUCAUCCAUUCAAUCAAUGGAUCACGGACACACGCGGAGGGCACCGGGGCUGCCCUUCGAGGCUAGCUGACGACGAAGGUGAGUGAGCAUCUCCCAAGCAUCUCCUGAAAUGCGUCGAUGAGUCGGAUGAAAUCGCAUUGGCGAAUAUCGGCCCUGAUGCUUCAGCAUCUCUAUCAACACGUCCGUGGCAGUUGCUUGAAGCCGGUCUUGUCGAAAC